GCUGUCAUUUCUGAACGCUUUCUUGCGCGUUCAAGGCGCAAGCUCACGUCCUGUUGACUGGCAUCAUUUUUGUGUUCCCUACCAGCUGCAAUACUCGGUUUUCGAUUGGUUUCGACUGCAGGAACCAUGGCCGAUAUAACGGAUAAUGUUACAAUUCCUGACUUCAACAGCCUUCUUCAAAUGGAUCCCUACCUAAAACCGUACGAACAGGACUUCAAGAGGAGGUAUGGGUUGUUUGAAAAGGGUCUGUUCCUGUUGGAAGAGGCUGAAGGAGGCUUUGAUCAGUUCACUAGGAGUUACCGGACGUUUGGAGUCAACCGUCAGCCUGACAACAGCCUGCUGUUUCAAGAGUGGGCUCCGGCUGCAGAAGCACUGUUCCUUACUGGAGACUUCAAUGGCUGGGACAACUUCUCUCACCCGUACAAGAGGAAAGAAUUUGGGAAAUGGGAACUCUGUCUGCCACCUAAGCGUGACAAGUCACCAGCCGUAGAACACAAGACCAAACUCAAGGUUGUAGUCCAUACCAAGGCAGGGGAACGUCUGUACCGCAUCUCUCCAUGGGCCAAGUACGUUACUCAGGCUGAGAAACAAGUCACAUAUGACUGGGUCCACUGGGAUCCUCCUCAGCCAUAUCUGCACAUCCAUCCUCGUCCCAAAAAGCCUGCAAGUUUACGGAUCUAUGAGUCCCACGUGGGCAUUGCUUCUCCUGACCCGAAAAUUGCCUCCUACACAGAGUUCAGACUCAACAUCCUCCCUCGAAUUAAAGACCUUGGGUACAACUGUAUCCAAUUGAUGGCCAUCAUGGAGCAUGCCUACUAUGCCAGCUUCGGUUAUCAAGUCACAAGCUUUUUUGCAGCAUCCAGUCGCUAUGGGACUCCAGAAGAACUGAAGUUGAUGAUUGACACAGCCCACUCCUUGAACAUUGUUGUGUUGUUGGAUGUGGUCCAUAGCCAUGCCUCUAAGAACACAGAGGAUGGACUGAACCGCUUUGACGGCUCCGACUCCUGCUUCUUCCACUCUCCUCCCCGUGGCGAACACACCCUCUGGGACAGCCGACUGUUCAACUACUCCAGCUGGGAGGUCCAGAGGUUCUUGCUGUCUAACCUGCGGUGGUGGAUGGAGGAGUAUCGUUUUGAUGGAUUCAGGUUCGACGGCGUCACAUCCAUGCUGUAUCACCACCACGGCAUUGGCAGCGGUUUCAGUGGAGACUAUUCAGAGUACUUUGGGCUGCAGGUGGAUGAGGACUCUUUGGUGUACCUGAUGACGGCUAAUCAUAUCCUGCAUACCCUCUAUCCAGACUGCAUUACCAUAGCAGAGGAUGUGUCUGGCAUGCCAGCUCUGUGUAAGAAGGUGUCCGAAGGAGGGCUGGGCUUUGACUAUCGCCUGGCCAUGGCUGUUCCAGACAAAUGGAUCCAGAUUCUGAAGGAGUUAUCAGACGAAGCAUGGGACAUGGGGAACAUCAUCUACACUUUGACGAACAGACGUUAUGGAGAGAAGUGCAUCGCCUAUGCAGAAAGCCAUGACCAGUCCCUGGUAGGUGAUAAGUCCCUGGCCUUCUGGCUGAUGGAUAAGGAGAUGUACACCAACAUGAGUUCUCUCGUCUCCAUGACGCCCAUCAUUGACCGGGGCAUCCAGCUUCACAAGAUGAUCCGCCUAAUCACACACGCCCUGGGUGGAGAAGGCUACCUCAACUUCAUGGGUAAUGAAUUUGGUCAUCCGGAGUGGCUGGACUUUCCCAGGAAGGGGAAUAAUGAGAGCUAUCACUACGCCAGACGGCAGUAUAACCUGGUGGAUACUGAACACCUCCGCUACCAACAGCUCUAUAAGUUUGACCGGGACAUGAACUGCAUAGAGGACAAGUACGGCUGGCUGGCUGCACCACCGGCAUUUGUGAGCACCAAGCAUGAGGAGGACAAGGUGAUAGUGUUUGAGCGGGCCAAUGUUGUGUUCCUGUUCAACUUCCACCCAACUAGGAGCCAGAAGGACUACAGGGUAGCUGUGGGUUCACCUGGAAAAUACACCAUCAAACUGGACAGUGAUGAGAAGCAAUAUGGAGGACACGGCCGGCUGGACCAUAACACAGAGUUCUUCACAGAGCCGCAACCCUUCAACCAGAGGGAGAACUCUAUGCUGGUGUACAUCCCCUGCAGAACAGCUCUGAUCCUGGGGAACGAUGAUACAGAGUCCUGUUAUUAGAACACAGCCGCCAUUCCCACCAGCAGAUGUGUCAGCCAGCCCAGCUACUCCCAACCACAGCGUUAACAACCAAUCACCACCAGUCCUCAGUAUUAACCACCAAUCACAACCAGUCCUCAGUAUUAACCACCACUCAUCGCCGAUCCUCAAUAUUAACCACCACUCAUCACCGGUCCUCAAUAUUAACCACCAUUCAUCACCAGUCCUCAAUAUUAACCACCACUCAUCACCAGUCCUCAAUAUUAGCCACCAAUCACCAACGGCCCUCAAUAUUAACCACCACUCAUCACCGGUUCUAAAUAUUGACCUCCACUCAUCACCGGUCCCCAAUAUUAACGACCACUCAUCACCGGUCCCUAAUAUUAACCACCAAUCAUCACCGGUCCUCAAUAUUGACCUCCACUCAUCACCUGUCCCCAAUAUUAACGACCACUCAUCACCGGUCCCUAAUAUUAACCACCAAUCAUCACCGGUCCUCAAUAUUAACCACCACUCAUCACCGGUCCUCUAUAUUAACCACCAUUCACCACCAGGCUUCAUAAUUAACCACCAUUCUUCACUAACCAAUUUAUUUUCGCUCCACAACUAAGGCCAUAUCUGUCUUCGUCCCACUGGCCCUGCUUCCAUCUUCUCCAUCCCUCCCUCCUCUACCUUCCCCUUUCUUUUGUUUACAUCCCUCUUUCUCUCCUCUCGCUCUCCUCGACCUAGCUCCCUCAAUCACCUUCUCUCACUUCUGCCUUCCUCUUUCCCUCCCCUCCCUCAUCUACCUUCCUCCUCCUUUCUUAACUCACUUCUCCCCUCCAUCUUCUACCUACCCCUUCCCUUCGUUUCCUCCAUCUUCUACCUACCCCUUCCCUUCGUUUCCUCCAUCUUCUACCUACCCCUUCCCUUCGUUUCCUCCAUCUUCUACCUACCCCUUCCCUUAGUUUCCUCCAUCUUCUACCUACCCCUUCCCUUAGUUUCCUCCAUCUUCUACCUACCCCUUCCCCUAGUUUCCUCCAUCUUCUACCUACCCCUUCCCUUAGUUUCCUCCAUCUUCUACCUACCCCUUCCCUUAGUUUCCUCGAUUUUCUGCCUACCCCUUCCCUUCGUUUCCUCCACCUUCUCUGUCUUGUCCUCUCCUUCCUUGCUUCCCUCCCCAACCUGGCCUUGGUCAAUACAACUUAUAUGAUAUAACACAGUAUGUGGUAUAUUAAGGGAGACCUUUCUGCUAACUAUUCAGGAAUUAGAGGUAAUCAACAGGAUGUUCUUCAACCUAGAUUUUGGGGAAACUAAAUACUCAAUAUAAAUAUGACCAUCCACGACUAUCUUUACAAGCCUUGGAUUAACACCUGUAAUGCUAUUAAGGGAUAAUUAAGGUGGGCUAACCAUGCUAAAAUUAAGCAUUGCUUAUUGUAUCGUAGUGCAAAUGCGCUAACAAAUAGUACUUUUAACAAGCUAAUGCAUGUUAGAAUCAGUGGAAGAGAUUAUUUCCAUACUUUAUUGUUGUUGAUUGGUGUGCUGUUAAUAUAAAAGAUAAUACAAAUGCACUUUAUGAUUCAUAAUUGUAUUUUCAUAAUUUUGUCUUUAAAAGGGCAUCUAUUUCUCACAAUGUUUGAACUAUUUAAAAUGAACUGAUCAGUAAGAUGACGAGUUAGCAGUUCUGCACCUAAUCCCAGGGGGCAUCAUUUUCCUACUGUAGUGCCCUACAUCUGUAAUAUGCUUUGGUCUAAGUUAACAUACUGUAGUAAAUAUGGUGUACUUUGGGAAACAAGCCAGAAUGGAUUUUUUCAUCACUGUCUUAAUUUGCAGCUAAAUUUAGUGAAGAACAGCACAAUGCAGGUAGCUGAUAGUUGUUGUGUUUGUAAGUUAUCUAUGUUUCUGGAAUAGACAUAGACAUUUCUCUCAGGUCCUGACAAAUGCUGUUAUCAUUAUAAAAGGUAGUUGCUUCACCAACACAGACAAUUUCAUAAUUAGUACAAGUAGUUGCCACAUCCCCACACACAUUAUCAUCAUUAUUGCAGGUAGUGACCACACCCCUGUAUACAUUAUCAUUACAGGUAUUAGCCAAACCCCCACAUACAUCAUUAUUACAGGUAGUGGCCCCACCCUCACAGACAAAAUCAUCAUUAUUACAGGUAGUGGCCACUCCCCAAAAAACAUCAUUGUUAUAGGUAGAAUGGACACUACAGUAGUUAGAGUAAAUGGAACGAUAGCCUGCUAAAAGAAGUCUGUACUCUGACUUCACUCUCCGUUCUUCCCUUUACUUCACUUCCUCCACUUUCUAGCUGUAACAUUAUUUAGACCUUUUGUAAAACAUAAACUGGGUAACAUUGUCUGCCAAGCACUAUGCUUUCUAUAACCCUAAUUCUAGUAAGAGUUAGUAUCUGUCUAAAAGACCAAGGCUGUCAUAUGGACACAUCCUAGAUGCCACCUAUUUCCUGUAUUUCAGGUGCUUAGCACUACUACUAGGGUCCCGGUAAAAGGGAAUGGAGUGCUGUUGGGACAUAUCUUGCUUCAUUGUGCCUUAUCCCAUGAUCCCUCUUUUUUUGUGUGGUUUUGUGUUUCUGUUCUUGUCAGGUGAUGUUUUAUCCCAAUUAAUAGAAAAUCGUAAUUAAAUGGAUUCCACCACA